AUGGAUCGACUCUCAAGUGCAGCUCGCAGACGCACUUUAGACUCUCCUGCGAGGCCUGAAGCAGGUCUAGCAGAAUGGACCAGCAAGAUCAAGGCUAUGCAGAAGCAGGUGGACGAUGACGAGGAGGCAGAAACGCGUAGACUGGAGCAAGAGAUACAAGCUUCACGGCUUGCGCGCAUGCGGAGGAGUGCAGGCUACGGUAGUCGGGCUGGUAGCGUUGACCUCUAUUAUCUUCAGCUGACUGCUAACAGCGACAUCGUGCGCGCGCUGAAGAACGACGAGCCCGACGCAUUGGCGUCUGAAAGCCCGGCUUCGACACAGGACAAGGCGCAGAAUCAGGAGGACGCGUUGCGCAAACUGAUGGGUGAGAGGCGCAUCAGCUCCCCGGCUAGGACCACUGCGCCCGCAAAGCCGCGGACGAGCAACUCCUCUGAGCCCAUGUCCCUCGCCGCCUUCAUCGGUGGUCGCGCAACCGGUCCACGCUUGACCAAGCACGCUCCCCAGCAGGACGCGCAUGAUCCGACCCAAUUCGAGCAGCGGACGCAUGUCAGCAUACCUCAUCCGAUCUUUGGUCGAGGAGGCGUCGCUAUGCCCGGUAUGGCAGGGCGGAGUCCCUCGUCUGCAUCCUCCGUAGCAGCUUUGGAGGACCGCGAGACGCCUGCGGCGGUGUCUAGCCACCCCACGGGGCGUGAUCGCAAGUUCAGCACACCCUCGUCUGUCAAAAGUUUCGUGCAGAAGGUCGAAAGUGAAGCCUUGAUCGCGCAGAAGACGGGGGCUUCACAAACGUCGCGGCAGCGAACCAUUAGCACGCCUACGGGCACGCCUGUGGACAGAAUUGUGUCUUCUACCCCCUCCCGUGAGGACUAUGCAAGGCCGAUGAGCGCAGCUUCCCCACGGCCAGCACCGCUGUCUUCCACUACGGCCUACACACCACCACUACCAUCGCCAUCACCUGUGGCGCGCCAAUUUACGUCCUCGCGAAGCCCUCCUCCUUUAUCCCCCUCAGCAUCCUCAUCCUCUAAGUCAUCAAUUACAACGCCAUCUCUUGCGCGCCCUAUUCAGCCCUCGCCGCGUCUCUCUCUGGGUCCCCAGCUUCCUUCAACGUCUAAUCCCUCUCCCGCCUUUCUUAAAGCCACUCCUCCUAAAGAGCCAACACCAAGUAUCAGUCGACUGCAGGGACGCGGCUUUGUGCGUAGCAUGGUGCAAGCUACAAGCCAGUUGACCGCCGCGUCCCCCAGUUCCCCUUCCCUUCCCGAGAGGAAAGACUUCGGUGGAAAGAAGGUCGCACCCGUUCUCGACCGCUGGCAAAAUAACAGCACCUCCAGUCCAGCGCCGUCCCCGCCGAUCAUCUCCCCAAAGCCUGUUGCAAUGCGCAAGUCGCGCACGACGGACUCCUCUGCCGACUCCCCCGAAUUUACGCCCCCGCGGCUCGUGAAGUCUGACUACACCGGCCGCUCGCUCAGGUCCGUACCCUCGCUCCCUUCGAUCCACUACACGGGCGCGUCAUCAGCACCGUCCGCUUCUGCGAGCGAUGUGGGGCGCGAUGGCCGCCGCACGCCUGGGCUCGGCUCGUCCUCCACGAUGCUCUCGUACAUUAAACCCAUCAAGACUGGCGACCGUCCGCCCACGUCUGCACCGCCGACCCCGUCGCGGAGCCGUGCGGCGUCGCCAGAGGUGGAUGAGCUAGGGCGGCGGCGGCGGUCUAAGGGCAGAUCCAAGAGCAGGUCCAAGAGCAGGGACACAUCACGGAUGCGGGAGGAGAUACCUACUACCGGCAAGUCGCUCAGUCAUCUUACGAAGAACCGGGCGAAGAAGCCGCGGAAGACGAAGAGUGCGCAAGCACCCAGUGGAUCGCAGGAUGAGCUUCACGUGCAUUUUGCUUCAAGGGCUGCAUCGCUCCCCGAUCUCGUGUCCACUACCAAGGUUACAGAGCUUGUUGUGUCUCUACCCACGUCAGACGACCCAAGUACAUCUAACAAGUCUGCGGUGGUAGACAAGCUUCCUUCGCCGCUGGAGAAAAAAUUCGACGAUGACUUCUCUCCUGUUCCGCCCAAGUCGGUCCCCGAGAAACCGCCAAAGCUAGCCGAGUUGGAGAUGGCCACUACAGCGGUACUCGCGGGUGGUCCCAAGAGUCCCGUCAUGCCACCGAAGUCUCCUGUCACGCCCAAGGAGAAGAGACCGACAACUCCCGUCCGCCAUGCUCGCAUCCCGAGCACGGGGAACAGGGCCACGGUGAUGGAUGUCGCACAAGUGUUUCAGGAGAGCGUUAUCCACCAGCCCGCUCUGACUCCGGUGUCCGCAGAACCACUUAGUGUUCCACAGGGCGAUGCCAUAGGCCCUACCGCAGAACAAGAUCAGGAAGAUGGUGGCAAACUAGAUGUCACAUCGCUCGUCGCAAACUGGGGCACGAAAAAUGGCGCGGGCAGGCCCGAUGCUCUGCCGGAAAAGCGCAAGUCUAGCUUCGAGCGGUACUCUGCCAUUGUGAUGCCGCCCCUGGUGGAAGAAAAGACACCUGUUCCGUCACCGGCGGGCACACUGGCGCGAAAUGCAACUGCAUUUCAACAGGUUCGAUCACCGGACGCGCCUCCGUCUGAGACAGCUAUCACAGAAGUGUCCUCAGCGACCGUGCUCGACGAAGAAGAUGUCGGUUCAAGCGGCGACAGCGAUCAGUACAUCCGUAUCGAUUUGACCGACGAACCCUUACCCGACGUCGGCGUAGCAGCGCUUCUGAAGGCCGACAGGCCUGUCAACGCACUUGACGCAGAUGCACAAACUAUAUCAGUUGACGUAAUGUCCGUUGUAGGCACGACCGCCACCGAAAUCACCAGCGGCUCGCACAUAUUUUAUGACAUGGACGUACUGGCGGUCAUUCACCGCGCCAAGUCCCGAACGACUGGGCUCGCGUCGACCCGAGUGUGGGCAUGGUGCGGAAAGCGAUCUACGGUCGGCGAAAGGGAAGAGCGUAAGCUUCAAGAACUGGCCAGGCGCUAUGGAACUGUUCUGGUCAUGAUCCAUCAAUAUUGCGAGCCGGAAGACCUGAUAGCAGUGUUAGGCGGUCAACUAAUCACACGGCAAGGCGCCCGGGCGCAUUGGUCCGCUGAGAACACUACCAUGCAUCUCGUACGCUCAAUCGGGACAUCGACGUUCAUCGAUGAGGUGGACCUAAGUAUCAAGAACCUUUGCUCCGGAUUCAGCUACUGUGUUUCCCUCCUUGAUACCUUCUAUGUGUGGCAUGGCUGCGGUUCUGUCCAAAGCGAGCGGCGUGCUGCCCAAGAUUACGCGCACUCACUUGCGUUGCCUUCUUCUAAUGUGCUGGAGCUUAUCGAAGGAGAGACCGACAGCGAUGAAAUGUUCUGGAUGAUACUCGGCGACGGUGACUAUGCGAAUGCCGAUUACUGGAAAUGGAGGUCAGGCACAACAGAUGUAUACCCGCGGAUCUGGUCCGUCAACGCCGCGAAAGGAAGCGCUGCCGUCACGGCAGUGCCCUCGUUUGCUAACUAUCCAUUCAUUGACCCCCUCGUCCACGUUGUCGACUGUGUCUGGGAAUUCUUCGUCGUGGUGGGCAGUGACGCUCGGGGUAAGCGCCGAGAUAUCAAACUAGCCCUGUCAGUAGCCACGAACAUGUCCGACGUUACCGCGUCCUCAAGGCCGUUCCCACCCACGAUACAUGUUUUGAUAUUACCUUCGCAAUUACCGACCGACCUGCGUCUCAAUUUUCGCGAUCUAGACGAGUUGCUUCUGAACCGUGGAGAUGUGCCAGACCACAUGAAUUUGAUACCCGCCGUUGAAGCUGAGGAACAGAUAAGGAAGACGACAUGGGAGAGAGAUGUAACUCAGGAUCCCACUAUGCUACCGCUCGGUGUUCAUACCUCAGAUCUGGCGUGAUAUGUCUGUAUGUAUUUAAAAUGAUUUAUUGCUUGUGACUACCACACUUUCAUAUCCAGCCUUCUUCAGUAUAG